AUGACAGCUUCCUGCGUUUAUGAUGUGUUCUUGUCUUUCAACGGUGUUGAUACUCGUAAGAAAUUUACGAGCCACCUCUUGACCGCUUUGAAUCACCAUCGUUUUUACAUGUUCAUAGAUGACACUAGACUCACAAGAGGAGAAGAAAUUGGUCGCGGAUUGCUCGAAGCAAUAGAGCAAUCUAAGGUCUCCAUUAUCGUAUUUUCAAAGAACUAUGAUUCCUCAAGAUGGUGCCUUGACGAGCUUGUCAAGAUCAUGGAUUGCAAGAGUGCAUUCAAUCAGACUGUUAUUCCAUCUUUUAUGACGUCCAACCCUCCGACGUUCGCUCACAGAAGGGUUGUUAUGCAGAAGCAUUUGCUAGUCACAAAAAACGGUUCAACUUUGAAUCAUUGA